CAGAGCCCAUGGCUUUCAGGGCGACCCCAGCCCGGACGCCGCUGGGACCGGGACCCGGGAUCCCCUCAGCCAGCUUCCCCAGCCCACAGGCUCCCAUGGCGGGGCCUGCAGGGAUCGAGGAGGAGGACGAGGACGAGGCGGCCGAGAUCCAUCUGUGCGUGCUGUGGAGCUCGGGACACUUGGGCAUUGCUUACUAUGACACUAGUGACUCCACCGUCCACUUCAUGCCAGAUGCCCCAGACCAUGAGAGUCUGAAUCUUCUACAGAGAGUUCUGGAUGAGCUCCACCCGCAGUCUGUCAUCACAAGUGCCAAGCAGGAUGAGGCUAUGACUGGCUUCCUAGGGAGGCUUGCGUCCCAGGACCACAGAGAGCCAAGGAGACCUGAAAUCGUACUUUUACCAAGCGUGGAUUUUGGUCCAGAGAUAAGCAAACAGCGCCUGCUUUCUGCUAACUACUCUUUCAUCCCCGAGUCCACGAUGGCCACCGAGAAAGUCCUGCGCCUCUCCUCGGUCAUACCCUUUGACUGUGUUCUCACGGUGCGGGCGCUUGGAGGGCUGCUCAAGUUCCUGAGUCGGAGAAGAGUCGGGGUUGAGCUGGAAGACUACAGUGUCAGUGUGCCGAUCCUGGGAUUUAAGAAGUUUGUGCUGACUCAUCUGGUGAGCAUAGAUCAAGACACUUACAGUGUUCUACAGAUUUUCAAGAGUGAGUCUCACCCCUCGGUGUACAAAGUCGCCAGCGGGCUGAAGGAGGGGCUCAGCCUCUUUGGAAUCCUCAACAGAUGCCGCUGUCGGUGGGGGCAGAAGCUGCUCAGGCUGUGGUUUACGCGUCCGACCCGGGAGCUAAGGGAGCUCAAUUCCCGUCUGGAUGUCAUUCAGUUUUUCCUGAUGCCUCAGAACCUGGACAUGGCCCAGAUGCUGCACCGGCUCCUGAGCCACAUCAAGAAUGUGCCUUUGAUUCUGAAGCGCAUGGAGUUGUCCCACACCAAGGUCGGUGACUGGCAGGUGCUCUACAAGACUGUGUACAGCGCCCUGGGCCUGAGGGAUGCCUGCCGCUCCCUGCCCCAGUCCAUCCAGCUUUUUCAGGACAUUUCCCGAGAGUUCUCUGAUGACCUGCACCACAUUGCCAGCCUCAUUGGGAAAGUAGUGGACUUUGAGGGAAGUCUUGCUGAAAAUCGCUUCACAGUCCUCCCCAACAUAGACCCUGAAAUAGAUGCAAAAAAGCGGAGGCUCAUGGGCCUUCCCAGCUUCCUCACUGAAGUCGCACAGAGGGAGCUGGAGAACCUGGACUCUCGCGUCCCCUCGUGCUGCGUCAUCUACAUCCCUCUGAUCGGCUUCCUUCUCUCCAUCCCCCGCUUGCCUUUUAUGGUGGAGGCCAGUGACUUUGAGAUUGAGGGGCUAGACUUCAUGUUUCUCUCAGAGGACAAGCUUCACUAUCGCAGCGCUCGCACCAAGGAGCUGGACACACUGCUGGGGGACCUGCACUGCGAGAUCCGGGACCAGGAGAUCCUGCUGAUGCACCAGCUGCAGUGCCAGGUGCUGGCACGGGCUUCCGUCCUGACUCGGGUCUUGGACCUCGCCUCCCGCCUGGACGUCCUGCUCGCCCUGGCCAGUGCUGCAGGGGACUAUGGGUAUUCCAGACCUCGCUACUCUCCCCGGAUCCAUGGAGUGCGAAUCAAGAAUGGCAGGCAUCCUCUCAUGGAGCUGUGCGCACGAACCUUCGUGCCCAACUCCACAGACUGUGGCGGGGACCAAGGGAGGAUCAAAGUCAUCACUGGACCCAACUCCUCAGGGAAAAGCAUAUACCUCAAACAGGUAGGCUUGAUCACCUUCAUGGCCCUGGUGGGCAGCUUUGUGCCCGCAGAGGAGGCCGAGAUUGGGGCCAUUGAUGCCAUCUUCACCCGGAUCCACAGCUGCGAAUCCAUCUCCCUGGGCCUCUCCACCUUCAUGAUUGACCUCAACCAGGUGGCGAAAGCAGUGAAUAACGCCACAGAGCAGUCGCUGGUCCUUAUCGAUGAGUUCGGGAAGGGAACCAACACGGUGGAUGGUCUGGCGCUCCUGGCUGCUGUGCUUCGUCACUGGCUAGCCCUGGGACCCAGCUGUCCCCACGUCUUUGUGGCCACCAACUUCCUGAGCCUUGUUCAGCUGCAGCUGCUGCCACAAGGACCCCUGGUGCAGUAUUUGAGCAUGGAGACCUGUGAGGAUGGCAACGAUCUUGUCUUCUUCUACCAGCUCUGCCUCGGUGUCGCCAGAGCCAGCUACGCCUCGCACACGGCGGCCCAGGCCGGCCUUCCUGACCAACUCAUUGCUCGUGGCAAAGAGGUCUCAGAGUUGGUCCGCAGCGGCAAACCCAUCAAGCCCGUGACUGAGCUUUUACGGAGGGACCAAAUGGAGAACUGCCAGGCACUGGUGGGCAAGUUCCUGAAACUGGAUUUGGAAGACCCCACCCUGGACCUGGAUGCUUUCAUGACUCAGGAAGUGCUGCCUGCGGCCACCAGCAUCCUUUGAGAGGCCUUCCUCCACCUUCCUGGGCACCUGAGGCCGGGGCCACCACAGCU